AUGGCUUUCUUCGAGACGCCGCCAAUGUCUCCACUUUCGCCGGUCGAAUCGACGAUCAUGAAGCAUUGGGAGACGAAUGAUGAGCAUGGAGAGAUACGCCGGAGUGAUAAGGAGAACGGUGGAGAGGAUGAGAUGGAGCCUGUGUUUCUGGAUCGAUUACCCGACACAAACCAUUUGAUUGUUGGUAGAUGCGACAAGUACGCGGUGGGAAAGAAGAUCGCGCAGGGGCGAUUUGGGGCUGUUUACGAGGUUUUACGGCAUUGUGACGGGAAAGGGUUUGCGGUGAAAUUGGAGGUUUGCGAUAGUCAUUCACACGGUUUGGAUAUGGAUUGUGUUGUUUUAUCGAAAGCGGCUAAGGCCGAUUUGCCCAAUUUUGCGCAUAUGAUCGAUCGAGGGAAAAUCGAGAAUCACUUCAAGUUUAUCGUCAUGCAUCUGAUGGGCCAAAAUCUUUGCCAUUUGAGAUAUUUAUUUGUCGGUGAUCGCUUCUCCCUUUCAACCGCUUUGAGAUUAUCUCUGAAAUGUCUGGAAGCCAUUCAACAAUUGCAUCAAUUGGGAUUCAUCCAUCGAGAUAUCAAGGCCUCAAAUUUCUGUCUCGCACCCGGAUGUUCAUCUAAAGAUUUGCGCGUUUAUUUGGUCGAUUUUGGUUUGUGUCGAUCGUAUCGUGAUGAAAAAGGACAAUUCAAAACACCAAGAACGAAAGUUUCGUUUAAAGGCACAACACGAUACGCCUCUCUGGCGGCUCACAACGAGAAGGAGCAAUCAUUGAAAGAUGACAUUGAGAGCUGGUUUUAUAUGACAAUCGAAUUUAUUACAGGUUUUCUACCGUGUCGAGGAUCGGUGAUGGCACGAGUGAUCUCUUUGAAAUACACACCGAAAGCGGAAUUCAAGAGACUUUUGAAGUACAUUGAUUGUCUUUCUUAUCAAUCACAUCCUGAUUAUGUUUACUUGACACAGAUGUUACAAUUGUCGAUGAAAAACCACGGUUGUAAGCCGGACGACGAAUUGGAUUGGGAGAACAAUAAUGGA